GGAGGAGGGCUUUGGGUCGAGAACAACCUGACAUCCAGAUGGGCAGGCCACCAGGGAAGAUGAUCGCCCGAUUCUAAGACAACGGUUUUCCUGUGCAACCCUGGGCCGCUGCAGAGAGUCUCUGCAUAUAUGCUACGGUUGGUGCACUAUCUCGUCAAGGCUAUGAAGCCUUCUGGUCCGGGAUGCCGCAUACGCACUUGUUUGCAAAACCACAUGUCAACCUAGAUAUCUGAGCUACAACAGUCUUUUGUUGACUGGCAGACCUCAUGGAAAUGUUGUCCUUAGCAGGCCUACUCUUCGCCUCAGCCUUCCUCCUCCUUGCAGGCAAGAUCAUCACAGUUUAUCUGCGCUUUGCCUCAAUUCCAGGUCCGUUCCUGGCUGGUUUCACUGACCUGUGGCGAUGGCGAGCACAAAACUCCAGAGGCUACUCGGCAAGGCUGGUGCACCUCCAUCAAACGUAUGGCAAGCUCGUUCGCCUUGGACCAAACCAUAUCAGCAUCAGUGAUCCUGAUGCCGUUCCCAUCGUCUAUACGACGAAUCCUGUCUGGCACAAGGCUCCAUCCUAUCAUCCAGCUGCGCCGAUUAGCGGAGGCCGGGCAGUACCUAGCAUCAUUGCAAUGACCGAAGCGCAACAUACGGCUGUCCGACGAUCUGUCGGAAGCGCUUUCACGACCAACUCUCUACUUGACUACGAAUCAGCCAUUGAAGCCUCGGGAAAUGAUCUCUUGGAAGCUCUGGAGAAGCAAACAUCACUUGAUAUAACGCAUUAUUUGCAGCUCUGGGCCGUCGAUGUGUUGAUGCGUCUUGCCUUCAACGAGUCACUAGGUUUCAUGCAGAAGGGAGACGACGUGGAUGGCAUCCUUGAAGCAAUCGUUGGUCGGUUCGAUCACUGGGGACACUGGUCUGCUGUGCCAACUCUGGAGUACUACCUCUUCAAGAGCCCAUUUGCCUCUUUUGUGAAGAAGAAGGCCAACAGUGCCUUGGCCAGAGUUGGGUUAGAGAAGAUACAAGCACGAUCCAUGUCUCAAAGCCAAAUGCAAAACAGAGACUUGAUGCAGAAAUUUCUUGAUGGUCAAGCCAAACACCCCGACCUGGUUUCGCACGACGAGAUCCUUGGAAUCAUCAUGUCAACGAUUGGAGCUGGGGCAGACACCACGGCUGGCACGAUGACAUACACAUUGUAUCUGCUCUGUCAGAAUCCAGAGGCCAUGCAAGGCUUGAAGGACGAACUACAGCAGGCUCUGGAGAAUGGUAGCAUGACGUAUCCACCAAAGUGGACGCAGGUGAACAGGCUGCCAUAUCUCGAAGCUGUAUUGAAAGAAUCGAUGCGGCUGAUGCCUAUUGCCGCUUGGGGUCUAGACCGAGUUGUCCCCCAAGGAGGCGCUACCAUCUGCGGUCACUACUUUCCAGCUGGCACAGUUGUUGGGUGCCAGAUCGACGCCACAAUGCUCGACGAGGAUGUUUAUGGCAGGGACUCUGCUCUCUUCCGACCAGAGCGAUGGAUGGAAGCGGCCGAGGAUCAGAGGCGCCGUAUGGACCGGGCGUUUAUUGCUUUCAGCGCGGGCAAACGUAUCUGCAUGGGCAUCCACAUCGCCUGGCUGGAGUUAAAGAAGGCACUACCUUUGCUGGUGAUGAAUUUCGACAUGGCUCUUGUCAACCCCAACCAAAACUUGAAAGAGGAAAUCAGGAUAAGUGCAGUCAAGUAUGCCCCUCCGAUCUGGAUGAGCCUCUGCAAGAAAGAGGUCACGAGCCAGGGAUGAGGGACAAAGGAAGCACCUUGACUAUAUAGCAUCGCAUGGUCGGCGUUCGGCUGCUGUAAAGUAACACCUCGAGCUAAGAGGGUUUCACAAC